GCUUGUGGUUCCUACAAUGAUGUGAAAUGCGUCACUACACGUCAGCCCCAGCAGCUCUCCCCCACUCACACUCACUCUCACAGCCGCUCAUGCCCCAGUGAGCCGGCUCCCAGCGCACUCAGCUGCCGGCUGUGCAUGGACACCAUGCCCACUCACCGCCACCUCCUGCCCCGCAACUUCAGCUGCACCGCCGUGCUCUAUGGGGAGGACCCGGGGACCCCGGAGGACGAGGAGGAGGAUGAAGAAGAGGAACCAGCCGAGAAAAGCAAAGAGGAGAGCAAGCCGAUGACCAGGGGAAGGGAGGUCACCUCUGCCCCCCAGAGCCCCUCAGCCCGCAGGAGAGCCAAGUCCCUUCCCACCCCCGCGGAGCGGAGGCACCUGGAGGUGUUGGUCCCCAGAAAGAAAGUGGUUCGUUUUGCAGACUCCCUGGGCCUGGAACUGACCUCUGUCCGGCAUUACUGCGACGCGGAUGUGCCCCGCGUCCCCAACCACGUGCUGGCAGGGCUGCGCUGCAAGGAAUCCUGCCCCGCAGGGGUGGAGCUUAGUGCCUUGUUUCUACGCCCCGCCCCCAAUUCACUGUACCUGGAACCGCAGUUCUCCAACCCUGGCAGGAAGCCUGACUUUUUAGACUUGGUGAAGCAGCGCAGGGUGUGCCUGGAGAGCCUUCAAACUGACCCCUUCAGCAUGAAUGGAGACCUCAGGGUCCUCAACUUGUCCUAUGAGAAGGACGUGGUGGUCAGGUACACAGUGGACGCUUGGAAGACGUCCACUGAGAUCCAGGCGGCUUUCCAGAGGGGUUGUAGUGAUAGGUACACAGACAAGUUCUCCUUUAAGUUGCUGUGUCCAUCACUGUUGACCAAGGAAGGGAUGCUGGAGUUUGCCAUCAGGUACAGGGUUUGCGGUGCUGAAUAUUGGGACAACAAUGAUGGCAACAACUACAAAGUCAAGAGUCAAAGAACCACUGUCUCUCCACCCAAAGAAUUUGAUAGUGCAUGGAUUCACUUUAUCUAAGGUGGGGUGGGAGGAAGACACCAGAGGACAUCUUUCUUCACUUACUAAGCUCUAUGGUUGGUCCACAAGUCAACAUGUUCAAGUUAGGUCUCUCACCAAAGAGGCAGGUCUAGUGGUCUAGUGGUUUUAUUCCAAGAAUACAUAUAGUAAGUCACUGGUUGGAGAAUAGCAAGGGAUACGAUCUAAUAUGACCGGUUACAAUCUGAGAACAUCUACAAUCUAUAUGGACUGAGAAGUGAUAUUUUUGAGGAUUUUUGUAGAAUGUCAGGGACGUUUUCAUCACACGAUAUCAUGGGGACUAACAUUUGAUGGUGAUCAAGCCAUUGAAUGCCAGUGCAGUGUCACUCAGAUAAAAAGGGUUAAUUAGAAUUUGCUUUGGAAAGUAACUUAUUGCAUUUAAAGAUGGUUUAUAGGUUUGAAUUAGCAAGAUUUCUUCCAGAGACCAGUGACCACCUCUUAUGUCUCCUUGGGUCUCUCACAACACUUCCUUCUGAAGAUGAGGUUGACAUCCUUACUAAGGAACAUUAUUUUUUUUUAUAUCAACCCAAGAACACUGUCUUUUAUCUGCAUCUGUGUUGUCAAACCGGUGGUCUUACAAAUCCUCAGAUCUACAGUUCACCCACUGUAAUAAGCCUUUACCUAUGCAUUUCAAAAAUUAUUCACGGAGCUAGUUAUAUGGGUAUCUGCAGGGUUAUUUACUUAAGAGAAUUUCAAAUUUAAGGGCAGAGUAGCCAAGCUGAAAGCAGAGAUGAAUUUUUCCACUUUGG